AUGAGAGUCCUGAUCACUAACGAUGACGGUCCUCUACAUGAUGAAUUCUCUCCAUACAUUAGACCUUUCUUACAAACAUUAAAAAAAUUCCAUCCAGAUUGGCAGAUUACUAUUUGUGUACCUCAUGAACAGAGGUCAUGGAUCGGUAAGGCUCAUCUUGCUGGUAAAACUUUAUCUGCAAAGUUUUUAUAUUCAAGAAUCAAUGCAAACGACAAUAGUUAUAUAGGUCCAUUCACUCACCCACAAUUACCUUUGAAGGAUUCAAAACUGCCACGUAAUUCUUAUAAUAAUGAUUUAAGUUUCGACGACCAUCUAGAAUGGUGUCUACUAGAUGGUACCCCUGCAUCUUGCUCAAAUAUUGGUUUACACCAUUUGAUGGAUCACAAAUUUGAUUUGGUCAUAUCGGGACCAAAUGUGGGUAGAAACACUUCUGCCGCUUACAUCACAUCCAGUGGUACCGUAGGUGCAGCUAUGGAAUCAGUCAUUGCAGGCAAUACAAGGGCAAUUGCUUUGUCCUGGGCUUACUUCAGUGGUAUGAAAAAUGUGAAUAAUGAAUUAAUGGAAAUCGCAUCAACAAGAUCCUUACAAAUUAUUAACCAUCUAUUUAACAAUUGGGAUGAGAAAGUUGAUCUUUAUAGUAUCAAUGUUCCAUUGGCACCUACUUUAUCAACAGAAACUAAAGUACACUACGCACCAAUUUGGGAAAACAGAUGGUCUUCUAUUUAUACUACCGCCCAAAUUCAUACCACCUUGCAAAACCAAGAAAUUGAAGAUGGUUCUGAAUUACAUUCAAUCACUUUCGACUGGUCCCCAGUUUUCAACACUUCUCAUUCAAAGCAUCAACCUCAUGACCUGUUAACUGACAUGGCCAUUAUUGAGAAAAAUGAAAUUAGCGUCACUCCCCUACGAGCAACUUUUAAUAGUGUCUCUCAUUUGAUGGGAGAGUUAGUCCUAGAUGAAGUAAAGGAAAAUAAGGAAAAUAAAACUAGUCCAAAUGUAGUAGUAUCAAUUGAUAAAUCUGAGUAUAUUUAUAACCCACUUUCCCAGGCUAUCGAAAGAUAUUUACCUCAAACUCAUAUCAUAUCACAGAUCCCUAAGGAUUCAAGAUCACUAGUAUUUCAUUACGGUGACUACGAACAACUAGAUCUAGAAAGAUUAUUGGAGGAUCCCAAGACUUAUAGUGCUAAUUCCUAUAUCUAUAGAAAGGCUUUAAUCAGAAAACACUAUCUUUCAGAGACAAUUCACACCUACAGAGUUAAACAUCCUGAAUCAAUUUUAAGCAAGGCUUACUUGGAGUCCUUCACAUUAGAUUUGGAUUAUGCUGAGUUUUUGGAUGAUUCUUUAGAUGAAAACUGGGAAUUGAGACAAGAAUUAGAGAAAGAAAAUAGGUGGUGGAUUGUUAAGCCAAGUAUGAGUGACAAAGGACAAGGUAUUAGGGUAUUCAAAACUAUUGAUGAUCUUCAGUCAAUUUUUGACUCCUUUGAUGAAGAUGAUACUGAUGAUGAAGAUGUCGAGGUUGAUGAUAAUAAAAUAAUAAUCUCCCAAUUACGUCACUUUAUUGUACAACAAUAUCUAAGUGACCCGCUUUUAUUACCUUCAAUGAAUAACAAAAAAUUUCAUAUAAGAUGUUAUAUUACUUGUAAAGGUGAUUUAGAAGUGUUUGUUUAUGACAGAAUGUUAGCUUUAUUUGCUCCAAACGAAUAUCAUAGACCAAAUGAAAUUGAUUUUGAUCCAACUGAUAUUAAAAACAUUGCAUGUCACCUAACCAAUACUUGUUUACAAUCAGAUUCACAACAAAAGGAAAUUUCGGUGAUGGAAUUCUCAAAAUUAGAAGAUAUUCCAGAUGAGAAUAAAUCAAAAAUUAUCAACCAAAUACAUGAAAUUGCUCGUGAAGUAUUUUUGGCAGCAGUAAGCGUUAACAAGAUAAAUUUCCAACCCUUGCCCAAUGCCUUUGAAACAUAUGGUGUUGACUUUUUGGUUGACAGUUCUUAUAAUGUUAAGAUCUUGGAAGUCAAUGCAUACCCAGAUUUCAAACAAACAGGUAAUGAGUUGAAGGGACUAAUCGAUGAACUAUUUGACAACAUUGUGAAUUAUUGUAUUGCUCCAUUUUUGGAUGAAAAACAUGAUCCUCAAGUAGCAUCGAAGUAUAGUAGUUUCAACAGAGUUCUUUCUCAUAACUCAAAUGAAUGGUAA